UCAACUUUCUCUGUGGGAAACAUCCGCAUUAUUGUAAACAAGUUUUAUUUACGGAUACAAAUAUCACAAUUUAUGUCGCUUGGAUAUAUAUAUAUUAUAUUAAAGUAAUGCAAAUUUUUGUGAAUAUAUCUUAAGGUUACAAGCAGUAAACGUAAGGUCGCAAAACAGAUAGAAAGAGCUUUAUCAUGUAAAGAAAGAGAGAGAACAUAAACAUGUCACAUGAACAGGAUAAAACUGCAGCUGAUAGGGAAGACAGUUUCCUUCAAAUAACAAUGCAGGUGAAAGAGUUAAACUUAAAAGUAAAUCUGACUUAUGGGGAGGAUCAGAUUCAAGAUAAUGAAAUGGACGGCAUGUUACAGUUAAUGUUUAUUUUCUGGGGAGUUAUUAUACCAAUUAUCGGAGUCAUUGGUCUUGUAGGGAACAUACUUACUGGAAUCAUUUUAUUCCGACGAGAAAUGCGAUCUACGACGGUAUAUUUCUUGCGUACGUUAGUCAUCACAGAUACUGGAAUUAUAAUUGGUGCAAUAAUGGGAGUUUCUGUGAUCUCUAUAACUCAACUCAAUCAACAUGAAUGGUUGUUUAAUCACGUCAUUUACCCGCAUAUCUUCACUCCUACAAACUACUUUGUGAUGGCUCUACAAACAUUAAAUGUUUGGGCAACUGUAGCAGUGUCAGUUGAACGUUACAUAGCAAUCUGUUUUCCAUUUAAAUCUAUAAAUAUAUGUAACAAACGUAACGCAUAUAUCAUUAUUGGCGUAACAACUGUUUUUUCGACCGCUUAUAACAUUCCAAGAUGUUUUGCCACGGGAUAUACUGUAUGUGGAGAUAAUUGUUUUAUGAUUAUAACAACAGAUUUUGGUCAAUCAUAUUUUUAUACAAUAAUUUAUAGUGGAUGGCUGUAUACAAUUAUUAUAUAUGUAAUACCCCUUCUUAUUCUAGGAAUCUUAAAUGUUUUACUUAUUCUUGAAUUGAUGCGCAUGCGUCAAAGAAGAUGUUUGACGAACACAAAAGAAAACACAGAAUUUAAUAUGAGUAUAGUACUUGUUAUAAUUGUAGUGGUGUUCAUUAUUUGUCAAACUCCUGGAUUAGUGGCACAGUUCCAUUUUCUAGAUACAGUGUUCUUAAUGAAAUGGACAUGUGUAAGUAACACAUUAUUUGUGUUAAAUUCGUCUUUAAAUUUUCUCAUCUACACAGCUGUUGGGAAAAAAUUUAGAACAUUACUUUUAAAAAUGGCUAAGAAUUGUUUAUGUAGAAAUUUAUACGUGGAUGUUUCGAACACUGACAGAGAGCUGACUACUUUAACAACAAUGAAGGACACAUACGGCACGGGAGUAAAACUCGAUGAAUUAUCCGCUCUUAACAAACCUGAUACCUAACUUGAUUUGUCCAAUUUGUAAAUGCAUGUAUUGUACUGUUAUUUUCAUUUGCAAAUAAACAAAUUUACACAUA